CGGACGUCCUCCUCGGCCCUCCUCCUGCACGCCUCGCUGGCGACCAGCACUGACGACCCACACGACCUGAUCCGGCAGCACCGCUCGUCACGGCCACAUGUACCGUCUGAAUUCACUCCUGGUACUCGUGACCUCAUCAUGCACCGGUAGUGUACCGUUCGUCCUCGCUGCCCCUCAACCUGUCCUACAGCGACGGCAGAGCGGUGAAGGCUCGUCCAGCCCAUCCCGCUCCAUUCAGAAGCAAAUAUGGAUUCCCCUCGUCGUCGUCGCCUCUCUCUUCGUCAUGGGUACCAUCUUCGCCUGCUGGGGCCGUAGGUACCGUCGGGGUGCCCUGCAAGGUUUGAGCGGCGUUGCACAGGCCGCGGGGGUCAUGACAAGCACUGCGGUGCCUGCGACGCGCGAGGUCACCGCGGAUCAGCUCGCAGGCGGGAACGGCACAACGGCAGGGGUGAAUGGUGGGACAAACAGGGCGAGGAGGCCGAGGCGGACGCGGAGGACGCCCAGUCAGAUCUCAACACACUCAUUGCCGGCGUACAUGAAGGAGCCGGGCGACGAGGAGAUCGUAAUCGUGAGGAGCUCGCAGGACUUGCACGACGACAUCCCGAUAACGGUAGAGAUGCCUCCGCUCGACGAGCAAGCGGAUGAGACACCGCGAGGUUCCUUCGACCUGACGGCGCCAUCAUCAAUGUACUCGCCCAUACCGCCCACCGCGAAUGACCAACCUUUACUCCGCAAUGGCGAACAUGAGUCGCAACAGAACCUGACCGUGGAUGGCCGUAUUAUUGGUACUCGUGCGAGCUUCGACAGUGGCGUGAGCUCUGCAGAUGACAGCUCUCACCACUACCUCGACGCAGCACCGGCAUACGAGACUGUCGUCCUCGAUGAUCCUCUGCCUCAUUCUACUGCCCCAACGAAUCAGGCGAACCGCGUGCCAAGUCCAGCUCAUGAACGGACGGCGACAGACCAGCAGGCUGGACAUGGAACGGCACGUCGCCGGUCUGUCUUUGCGGCGAUAUUCAACCCACGCAACUCCCGCCUUGCCUCCGCGGUCCCGGCGUCAUCGUCGCCCAUGCCUCAGGCUUCCUCUCCUGAACCCAGGAGCAGUACCGGUCACACACGCGAAGGCUCUCACCCCUCCGUGUCGUCCGAGCGAGAAGCCCGCCGCAGUCGCGUCAUGAACCACCGCCCGUCGCAUUCGGGCUCAGGCUCGAUGUUCAGCUUGCUCUCGCGCACGCGCUCGAACGGGAACCUUGCGGACGCGCUCACGUCUCCGUCGAUGAUCAGUCUGCACUCGAUCUCGUCCCCGCUCACCCACACGCUCGUCAAGACCGAAUUCACGUACCCGAAGAACGGGCCGACCCCAGAUCAGCUCCGCCUCAUCUCGAGCCGCGAGAGCUUUGCGCGGUUCGGGAGGCCGUAUGGCGCGGACGCGAUCGCGUAUGCGUCGACGUCCAGGGUUGACUUGGAGCCGCCGCCUGGGUUCGAGGAGAUCGCGGGCAGCGGAAGUGGCGGUGGUAACGGUGCUGACUCGUCGUCUGCGGCUGUGCUCGAGGAGGGCCGGACCUCUCCAAGUUCUGGAUCUGGAUCUGGAUCUCACGAAGACGACGCGGAUGCGAGUCGGGCAAACACCGAUUCAUCACCUGCAGAGGCUCAAGCUCAGGCUCCAGAGGCCUCGUCGGAACGGCAUGUGCUUUCGGAGAUCGCAGAAACGGAGAGUCCAGUGGCUGCGGAUAAGCCGGAUAACGCAAUUGAGCGUUCUCCGAUUCCUCCGCCGCCCAGUCCGGCAGAUGUCGCAGCUGCGUCCCGGGCAGCAUCAUCGUCGCCUGAGCCCAUACCUGUGGUGUCAUCACAUACUGCUUCUCUUUCGUCUAGGCCCGCAUCCCCCCCCUCGUCGUCGAGCAAACCUGGACUGACCAUCCUGCCUGAUUCGGCAUCCACGUCCAAGGCACCCCCGUCCGCCUUUAAGGGUGUCUUGGCUACGACACCUACCGACAACUCGUUCCUGGCACGUGCGGCAUCACGGGCGAGCUCCUACAUGUCCUAUGCCACCGCCGAGGAGUCGCUGCACUCAGCGACCCCUAACGAGUCUCAGUUCGACCUGCCUGGCCGUGACGACGAUGCGUAUGAGAGUGCAGUGCAGACCCCUGUGGUUCUGACGGCUCCAUCAACCCCCCGAAUUGAGCCACGGCACAUACAUGAAGCAACGGAUACGACUAUUACGCCCGAACGGUGAGCUGUUGUAUGCCUACCGGAUGACCCUGUAUUGCUUUGGAUUUCCGGCGAGUAGUCGUUGGUGGACUCUCACGAUAUUUUUACGCAGAUGAGUUUCUGUUAGCGUUCACUUACUGGCCUGGUGUCUCGCUACCAUUUUUUGCAUAUCGCUUACGUGCCUCCCUGACCAGUCUCAUUUCUAUUCCUAUUGCUAUCCUGCCUCGUCUUCUGUGCUCCUCGUAUACCGCCCCGCACCCUGGUCCGCAUCUCCGCUGUCUCGGUAUCCUUGUCCCGCUUGAUUUCCGUGUGGACUAAGGAGGUCACUUGGGUUGUCGUGUUGUUACCGCCGUUUCAACAUUUCAGCCCGUGUCGUCUCCUGUACCUUUACACUCCGCUUCCCCCCCCCCCUUCUCCUUGACCUGUAUUCCUGGGGUUGCAUGGUUGACUCUCAUCAUCUGACCCUAUCCCCGGCAUCUCCACGCAUCUGUACUAACAUCAUGCUCCUCUAUCCGCUGCGACACCCUAUACUUCCCAUCAUCUAUCCCGAUCUACCUUUGCCUUCCCCGGAUCUUCAGAUAUAGUGCAUCAUCUACCUAUCACUGCG